ACAGUUCCCGGCCAACAAGCGUCUCGUGUCCGAGUCCAAAUCCAAAUCCAAAUCUAAAUCCAAAUCGAAAUCAGUAAUCGGUCAGCGGUCUAUGAGUGAUUCGCCGCCGUGGAGAAGAAUGGGUUUCAAGCACGCCAUGCUGCAGCGCAGUUACGAACUGUCGCCCUCGCCGGCGCGCAUUUCGCCCACCAAUGGAGUCCAGGCGGUGGGAGCCCAGCCACCGGUGCAGGUCACCGACUUUAGUAUCAGUAAAAUCCUGGGCAAGGAGCGCAAACCUGCUCCGGAUGCGAGCACGAACAUACUGGAUCUCUCCAAGAGUGGCGGCAGUGUUAGGGUUACCCAGCCUGGACCAGGAUUAACCAUGCCAUCAUCCCCUUACGGAGCAGGAGCAGGAGCAGGGGGCUACUCCAUGCUGCCGCCCGAUCUGGUGGCCAUGGCCAAUGCCACCAAGUUCUAUGCCCAGUUCUUCCCGCAUCUAUUGCCCGCCUAUGCGGCUGCUGCGGCAGCUGCAGGAUUGAGUACACCACCCACAUCGCCCUACUCACAGCAUCCCCAGAAUCUGCCCACCCAGAAGCGCUUCUUUGCCCCCUACGUGAUCAAUGGCCAGGCGGCGGGGCAACGUCCGAGGAGCACCGCCUGCACUCGUCCGGAUUGCCUGGAGUGCCUGGAUUACUACCAAAGAUUGCAGGCUGGUGGCUACAAGCAGGCCACGCCCCUCAUUUCACCCGCCGCCUCCUCCGUGAGCAGUUCCAGUGGAUCCGUGCGACCCGUCAGGGAUCUGAUCAUGAGUGCCGCUGGUGGAGCCACUGCCACAGCCGCCGGCACCAACAUCUCACUGACCACCGUCACCAAUCUGAGUUUCAAUGCGGUGCAGUCAACUGCCGUCGGAAUGGUGCCCAAGAUGCCGGUGGGACUGGUGGCCACUGCCGUCGGCAGUGGUGGUAGUGGAGCCAUCGGUGGCAUCGCUGGCUACAAUCCAGCGGCCAACGAGGAGAUCAGCUACAAGUGCAGGAUAUGCGAGAAGGUCUUCGGAUGCUCCGAAACUCUGCAGGCUCACGAAAAGACGCACAAAUCGCCGCGGUACGAGUGUGCGGAUUGCGGAAAGGGCUUCUCUCAGCUAAGGAACUACAAGUACCACCUGUCCGUUCACCGGGGAACCAAGGAAUUCGCCGCCGAGUGUCCCGAAUGUGGCAAGACCUUCAACGACAAGGGCUACCUCAGUAGCCACUUGAAGAUCCACAGGAAUCGGAAGGAGUACGAGUGUCCGUAUUGUCCAAAGUCGUUUAACCAGCGAGUGGCCUUCAAUAUGCAUGUCCGCAUUCACACAGGGGUAAAACCGCACAAAUGCAACGAGUGCGGAAAGAGAUUUUCGAGGAAAAUGCUGCUGAAACAGCACAUGCGAACACACAGUGGCGAGAAACCGUAUCAGUGCUCCGUAUGUGGCAAGUCCUUUGCCGAUCGCAGCAACAUGACCCUGCACCACCGUCUGCAUUCGGGCAUCAAGCCUUUUAGUUGCCCCCUCUGCCCCAAGGCCUUCACCAAGAAGCACCACCUGAAGACGCACCUCAAUUACCACACCGGCUGCAAACCGUAUGUCUGUCCACAUCCGAAUUGCAAUCAGGCCUUCACGCAGUCGAGCAACAUGCGAACCCACGCCAAAAAGUGCCAGUAUCGUCCUUUGGAUGGAGUCGCCUCCUCAACUCUUCCACCGGCGGGAAAGGGUCCUCAACAGAUGGCCAUGGCCAUGGCUCCAACAUUCGCGAUGCCACCACCACCUGGUCCUCUUCCACCUGGACCACCUCCGCCCACUCAGCAAACCCUUUUCAGCAAUCUCAGGACAUUCUGAAUCGAUGGAGGGAUCGCAACCGAGAGCAGUAUCAACCAAAAUUGUAGCACUUACCAAGUAUAGUUCUUCCAUUGUUAUUAUUCAUUUUAGGAUUUAUAUAAAGCAUAUUUAAGUCAGAUUCUGUUUAAUAGAAAAGUUUAUAAGGAACAUAUAUUUAAAUAGUGAAAACUUUACAAGCUCAGUCAAAUACUAAUUGCACUGAAGUAUCUUAAAACUUUUAUUUUUAUGUGUCAAAAAAUCCAUCUAAAGUUUAAAUAAAAAAAAAGUGUAUUAGAAGUUUGAUCUUGACAGAACUCAAUAAAAUAAAAAUUGUCCAUAUACCAGAACCAAAAUAAAAUUGCCAAUAAAUGCCUUUUUUAAACUUAACUAUGUCGUGUCAUUUUAGAUAAAGAUUUUUCGCCUUAAAUUACCGAAAAUUUUCCUUCAUAUUAUU